UGUAGGCUUUGGUAGUUGACACAUCCAAACACCGCCAACUUUUUUUUCCAGGCUUAUCGUGCCAGACCCAAUUUUGAUGAAAAGGGAAAACAACAAUCUUCAUCGGGCCAACGUUGCACAAAGAGAUUACUUAUCAACGUUUGAGAUAACACCGCGCAACGAUACACGCAAGAACAAAUGACCGAGACAAUUACUAUUCUCAUCAAGUCUUCUACUGGUAAGAAGUUGGAAGUUUCCAUCGCAACGGACGCCACCGUUGAAGAGCUAAAGACCAAAAUCUCUGAGCAAAGCGAGGAUGAUUUGCCAGUUUCAUCACAGCGCUUGAUCUACUCUGGUAGGGUUCUCAAGGAUAAUGAGACCAUUGAGUUCUACAAGAUUAAAGAUGGUCACACUGUUCAUUUGGUUAAGAGCGUCAACAAGUCUGCUGCCGCUGCUCCAACACCAGCAGCAUCAACCACAGACACAAGCAACGCGACACCAUCUACCGCUGCUGCCAACGCUGUUCCUUCUAAUAUUGCGACUGGAACUGGAAGUUUCAACCCAUUGGCCGACUUGACUGGCGCAAGAUAUGCAGGUUAUGCCCAGCUUCCUUCUGCCUCUAUGUUUGGCCCUGAUAGCGGCAUGACGAUGCCAGAUCCGGAGGAGAUGGAACGUAUGCUCUCAAACCCGAUGGUUCAACAGAGCAUGAAUGAGAUGCUAUCCAAUCCACAGAUGGUUGAUUUUUUGAUCAACCAAUCGCCAGGUAUGCGUGCCCUCGGUCCCCAGGCGAGAGAGUUGCUCCAAAGUGAACAGUUCAGAACAGCGAACCCAUUCGCUGCUAUGUUCCCAGGAGGUUUACCACAGAACCCAUUUGCACUAUAUGGCAAUCCACAGGCCAACACUGGUGCUGCUGGUGCUAACCUAGGGGGUGCCAAUGAUGCUGGUUUAAUGCAGGCAUUGAUGGCAUCUCUUGGUGGAAACGGUGGAAAUGCACCAGCACAAGAAGACAAUAGACCACCAGAAGAGAGAUACGAAUCUCAGUUGAGACAGUUGAAUGAUAUGGGCUUCAACGACUUUGAGAGAAACGUUGCAGCUUUGAGAAGAGCUGGAGGAAGUGUACAAGGCGCUAUAGAGAAUCUUUUGAAUGGGAUUUGAUCUCAUGGCUACAACAUAUCGUAAGACAAGUUUCAAAUAAUG